AUACAAGGAACAAUUUUUCCCGCUCCAAAUUUUAACCCUAUUACGGAUGCCCAGAUGCUAGGAGGAGCACUACAGGGAAUUAGUUGUGAAAAAGAUGUGUUGAUUGAUAUCCUAACACAGCGUUGCAAUUCACAGCGGCUUAUGAUUGCUGAGGCAUACAGAGACAUGUAUGGCAGGGAUCUGAUAACAGACCUAAAAGAGAAUCUCUCUCAUCACUUCAGAGAAGUCAUGGUUGGCUUGAUGUAUCCACCUGCCUCCUAUGAUGCCCAUGAGCUCUGGCAUGCCUUGAAGGGAGUAGACACAGAAGAAAACUGUCUAAUUGACAUAUUAGCCUCAAGAACAAAUAUGGAGAUCUUCCAGAUGAAAGAAGCCUACUUAAUGCAAUAUAAUAAUGAUCUUCAGCAAGAUAUUGAUUCUGAGACUUCUGGUCACUUCAGAGAUACGCUCAUGAACCUUGCGCAGGGAACAAGGAUGGAAGGAUAUGCAGAUCCUUCUACAGCUGCUCAAGACGCAAUGAUUCUAUGGGAAGCAUGUCAGCAGAAAACAGGCGAACACAAAAACUUGCUGCAAAUGAUUCUCUGCAACAAGAGUUACCAGCAGUUGUGGAUGGUUUUCCAGGAGUUCCAAAAUAUCUCCGGGCAAGACAUAGUAGAUGCCAUUAACGAAUGUUAUGAUGGAUACUUUCAAGAAUUACUGGUUGCAAUAGUUCUCUGUGUUCGUGACAAGCCUUCCUAUUUUGCUUACAGGCUUUAUAAUGCAAUUCACGACUUAGGGUUUCACAAUAAAACAGUUAUAAGGAUUCUCAUUGCCAGGAGUGAGAUUGACUUGAUGAAUAUACGACAGCGAUACAAAGAGAGAUAUGGGAAAUCACUCUUUCAUGACAUUAAACAUUUUGCUUCAGGACAUUAUGAGAGUGCUUUACUUGCUAUCUGUGCUGGUGAUGCUGAAGAUUAUUAAGGAAGAAGAAUAUGACCUUCGAAGGCUGUACAAAUCUAUUUUAAAUAGAAAUUGAAGCUAUACACAAUACACUAACUGUAAGAGAUCCCUAUUCUACAUAAAAGAACACAAAAACCAGUGCUAUACAUUUGCUAAUACUAAAUAUUUCUUGAGACAGGAAAAAAUUUUGGCAGGAACAUGGUUUUAUCCCUAGUUCUAAUUAAUAUUUCUGUUUGUAUGGUUAAUGUAAAUUAAUGAAGCAAGUAGUAAAAUAACUCCACGUAAGCGUAUGUUUAUCAUUUAGUCUUGCAACAUCCCAAACAUUAGACAAUAGGCUCUGGAAGAACCUAUUCAAUUCCACGCUGGAGAGAAAAAAAAAGGUUUUGCU